AACCAUCGAUAGCCUUGCAGUUGGUUAUGGCAAAGGAAAAUUAACAUUCUUUCUCUGCGACAUUAAUGCAAUUGCUGAUGUGAUACCUGCUGACAUGGUGGUGAAUGCAAUAAUUGCGGCAAUGGCUGCUCAUGCAAAUCAACCUGGUGAAGUAAUUUAUCAAGUGGGGUCCUCUAUGAGAAAUCCUGUAAAAUACUCUAAUUUUCAGGAUUAUGGAUUCCGUUUCUUCACCAAGAAGCCAUGGAUUAAUAAAGAUGGAACUCCAGUGAAAGUUGGCAAGGUCGCAGUUAUGGGAAGCAUGACUACCUUUCACCGAUACAUGACUAUCCGUUACUUACUAUUACUAAAGGGAUUGGAGGUGGUUAAUACAGCAUUUUGCGAGUACUUCAAGGACACGUAUGUGGAUCUCAAUCGAAAGAUCAAAUUUGUGAUGAGAUUGGUGGAACUUUAUAGACCAUACUUGUUUUUCAAAGGAGUCUUCGAUGAUAUGAACACAGAGAAGUUGCAAAUGGCAGUGCGAGAAAACACCACAGAGGCAGAAAUGUUUUACUUUGAUCCCAAGUGCGUAAAUUGGGACGAUUACUUCAUGAAUAUCCAUCUUCCUGGGGUUGUCAAAUACGUUUUCAAAUGAUUACCAAAAUUGGGUUGUCGAAUAUAUACAUAUAUAUAUAGUUUGAAAUAUGGGUGGAAUUGAAGCGCUCUAGCCAUUGUAUUUACUCAAGGCAGUAUACAAUGGCUCCCUAGAUGCAUUAUAAAUUUCAAACAAGUUUAUGAAUGUAAUUUGUUUUCAUGAAUAUGAAUAUGAUGAUGAACAAUUGUUUGUCA